CGAUGAAAUACAUAUAUAUAUAUGAGACGCACCAUCGUCCUGACAGCCAACCUAUUCUUCCUUCGCGCUACUGCGGACGACCAGAAGUAUUAACGAUGCUUCUAGUUUCUACAGCCAUCGUCAUUGUCUUAGUGGGCACGGCCAUCGGAGAAUCUCGUUUUGACAGUCUUGAUGAUGACCAGAAAGCCAUGCUCAAAAUGUUACACGACACUUGCAUCGAUGAAAGUGGAGCAGAUGAAGCCCUCAUCCAGAAAGCCAUGAAGGGUGAUUUUGCAGAAGAUGACAAGCUGAAGGUAAACUUCUCAUUGUCUGAUGUAUCCCUGUUGUAGAUGGAUGAAAGUGGCGUGCCAGAUAUGGACACGAUGGUCAGUAUGCUUCCAGAGAGCAUGCAGGAGAGAGGUGGCAAGAUGAUCGGUGUCUGCAAAAGUAUCACUGGAAGCAGCGCUCCAGACACGGCAAUGAAACUGAAUCAGUGCUUCUACAAAGCAGACCCAGAGUACUUCUUCAUCAUAUAACGAAGAUCAGGAAUCUGGAUUACAACCUCAGCUGCCCGAAGCCUGUUGACGUUCUCACCUCUCACCUUCAACCACAAGAAGAAAAUUGUGUAGACCUGCUACUAUACAAUUACGAUUGAUGCGAUUCUCUUCAACGACGAAAAUAACUUUACUUCCCCUAUAAUUGAAUUUAAAAUUGAAGUGCACUUUUGCCAUGUGUUCUUCUGUCCAAUGAAUAGUCUUUGAUAUACUACACAUGUAGUUGGAAAUUAAGGGCCCUAAGUUAUAAUCAAUGUGAAAUGCACUAAUUGUUAUGUAAUAAAAGCAUGUGUAAUACAUUUUGUAAUCAUCAGUUACAACUUCUCCUUA